UCGCCCGGGACGAAGCGGCGUUUCGGGGUCUGGCAGCGCGCACGGGGGCGCGGGCGGACGUGCCCGGUGCGGGUGGGAAGAUUGGGUAUUACCCUGAAAAGACCACAAGUUUGAUCUCAAAUCCUGCCCAUCUAGGAUCUUGAGAAUUAGCAAGAAGCAAGGACCAUUUGGUCGGGUUUGGAGGUAGUUGUUGCUGGUUACAUACAAGGCCAGUUUCAGAUGUACACAAAACCAGAUUUGCCUUUGUGGCCCCAGUGGUGGUGUAAGCCAUGAAGUUGUGCUUCAGAUAUGGUGUGUGUCCAGUUUUGCCUUUACAGUGAGUCAUUUUGAAAGGAGAAGUCUGGCUCCGUCAUCUCUGCACGCUCUGACUGCAACUGUAGACAGCAUUAAGGUCUCUCUGGAGCCACCUUUUCUCCAGGCUGAACAAACCCAGUUCCCUUAGGCUCUUGUGCACCCUGUGCUUCAGCUCCCUGACCAUCUUGGUGGCCUUCUACUGGACUUGCCCCAGCGUGUCCAUGUCUUUCUAUUAUUGGGGAUACCAAAACCGGAUACAGUACCUCAGAUACAGCCUUAGCAGUGGUGUAUGUAUAUUGAGGUGCAAGAUGUCUGCCCUGAGGCUGAUUUCUAACAGAACCUCCCAGCAGGCCUUGUCUAACUCUGAUUACACCUGGGAGUACGAGUACUAUGAGUACGGACCGGUGUCAUUUGAAGGCCUGAAGGCUCAUAAAUAUUCCAUUGUGAUUGGAUUUUGGGUUGGUCUUGCGGUUUUUGUCGUCUUCAUGUUUUUUGUCCUGACCCUGCUGACGAAGACAGGAGCACCACAUCAAGACAAUGCAGAACCUUCUGAAAAAAGAUUUCGCAUGAAUAGCUUUGUGGCAGAUUUUGGAAGACCUCUAGAGUCGGAGAGGGUCUUUUCUCGUCAAAUAGCUGAAGAAUCCCGGUCACUCUUCCAUUUCUGUAUUAAUGAAGUAGAACACUUGGGCAAAGCAAAACAAAAUCAGAAAGGUUCAGGUCUGGAGAGUAAUAUCCACUUCCAGGAAGUUCCCAGGAGCAGUGGAAUGUUUGAGGAGGACCUAAAUUGUCUUACAAAGUUUAACAUUCCUAACUUUGUGAACACUGAGCAGAACUCUUCACUAGGUGAGGAUGAUCUCCUCAUCUCAGAGCCACCAAUCAUUUUAGAAAGCAAAUCGGUCAUGCAAUCUUCCCAUCGGAUCCUUGACUGAAAAGUCUUUUACUUUAAGGUAAACAUUCCCGUUAUUGGCCAGUUUGAAGCGUUUCUUGGCCUUCUGGUAUUUUGAUAGAAGGUAUUUCAGACCUGUGGUUUUUAUUGUAUGUAAGACUGGCUGUGCUGACAGAACUCAGUUUAGAUAAGAAGUAAAACACUGAAUGCUUUAUUCUGAUGCCUUUUGUGGUCUAAACCUUUUGCCCAGCAUUAUUUUUGCUUCCUGAUUUUUGGGUUUUUUUUUUUCUUGUUUUGUUCUUUGUUUUUAAGUGACUGCUUAUGUCCAGCUUCUGAACGAUACCAUAAUAAUUUGUGGGAACUGUGAAGGCUGGAGCUUGCUAUUGGGAGGUAUAUGAAAAGUCCUCGGCCAAGAAAAGUGUAAACCUCAAAAUAAGACUGAAGCAAGGAAUAAACAGGCAGCCCCUGGGGAGAUUCUGCAGCUUCUGCCACUCCCAAAAAGGACACCUGAAACUGAGCAGCACAAUGGAUGUCUGCUUGGCAUUAACUUAUAUUUCUGAUUCCUAACUGCUUUUCAGUGCAGGUUAAACCCAACUUAAAAAGCUUCCAGAGAGAAUACCUUGCAUAUUAAAUUGUUCGGUUAUACAGCAUUUACAAAAUGCUACCACCACCUGCUGCUGAGUAAAAGCAAAUUGGUGCCUGUAAUUAUAGUACUUCAGAGUGACAUUCUGACAGCUGCCCAGUGAUGACCUGGAAUUUAAGUAUUGUACACACAAACAGUAAUUUGACCUUUUUUUUUAUUGCUUAUGUGAACUUCCAGUUUGGUAAGUGCAAGAUUCAGUAGCUAAAUCACAGGAAAUGAGAUAAAAACUGUUCUUUUGCCAAUAGUUACUAUAUGCAAAGGGUGGUGAUAUGUUAAGCUGGUGUUAUGCUUUGCUUAUAGGCUGAACCUUCCUGUGCUUUUUGGCUCUUUAAAUGGCCCUUUCUUGACUAGUGGGCCAGUGAAGGCCUAGCAGGCUUUGAGUUGUUGAGAGGACCAGCUCCAAAAGCAUAGCUGAGCUGCACUUGCUCCAUCUUCUUUUUGUACUUAGUUGCGAUGGUGUUGCAACCACAGCUGUUCUCCCAAGGAAAGGUUUGUUAAGGAAUUGAAGAGGUGUAAUUUCAACCUUUAAGUUUAUGUUUUAGAGAAGGAAUAAGGUUCUGAACCUUAGCCAGUACUUAAAUUACAUUUCAGCUUUCUUCAAAAGAUCGUAACUAUAACUAAUGGCCAAAUGGUUUUAGAGCAAGCACGUAAGAUGCAGAGGAACUGCGUUCAAAUCCUUUGCUGGAUUUGGAGUAAGAGUGCUCUGCAGGAAGUUCUUAAUUGAAAUGAAACUAGUGGAUUCAAGAUACUGUGCCUAACUGGGGUUUUUGAAAUUAACCUGCUUUGUAUACGACAUGUUUGUGUCAGAAUGAAAAUGCACCAAUGGCCUGCUGAUACAUUCUUCAGACACUUAAAUGCUGAUUAAUUCAUUCUUCCUUCACCUGACAAAUAAAAAAAAAAGUGAAUGGGUUGUGCAUUUAAAGAACACAAAGAGUGGGGGAAACCUCUUUUGUUUUUAUCUCCUGUGCCCUUAUUAUAAACCACUUAUACCUAAAUUUCCUGUUUUCAAAUGUAAUUCUUGCACUACUUCCUAGUGUUUAAAGUAAUGGGAUUAUACUUAAAGCACAGCAGAGACUGUUUAAAACUAGCAGAUUAUUGUUGAAAAUAGUUCCCAUGAGAAGACUGAAGUGAACGCUGUUACAAAUGAGCAUAGCUGCAUGGGUUGCAAUGUAGGUCUCCAGUAUGCUGCUUCAGGGUGCAGAAAAGGCCUCCUUUUACAGUAAGUACUUAACCACAGGUAUGAAGGCUGUAGCUGUGGACUUUCCUUUUCUCUUCCCAAAUUUCUUAAUUUGGGAAAUCUGCCUUUUGAGUGUGGCAACUGCUUCCUGCACCUCAAACAACCGUUAGCUAUCUGAUGGUUAAGCUUUGUCUGAACUGAAGCUCAAUAUUGUUCUUGCUGCUAAGCUCUGGGACUUCUACUAAAUGUGGCUCUUAUAGCCUAUUUCUGGAUGAGUGAGCUGCCUUCAGUCAUGUUUGAGCUAUUCUUUUUUAAUUUUUCCUUUGCUGUGCUUGAAAACAGAAAUGCUGCUUAAAUGAGGGGAAGAUCUGUGUAGAAUCUUUCUCCUCUGCAACUGAGAAAUUAAGCUUAAAGCAUUUAAAACUACGUUUCAAAAUAAUGCAGGUCUGGCUUUAGAGAAGCUUGCUAUUCCCAGUGGGCUAACCUAAGCUUUUCUUCUGCUACCUUAAAUCUUUGUGGCUUUUGUUUGGGUGCAUAACUGCUACUUCGGGGAGAAAGGAGAAGUAUUCAUGUGUAUCGAUGCUGGUGACACUUAAUGCCUAGAUGAAGGGUAUUUAAUAAAAUGAUCAAGGGAUAAUACCAACUUAACUUACAACACAUCUGUAUUGUAUUCUUAGUGUCCUUCUGAAGCAUGUAUUAAUCCUGUAAUGGUAUUUAAGUGUUUGGUUCCUGCUUCUGUUCUUCCCUGACAGGGGUUCUACUUCUUCCAUCUUUUCUCCCUUCUAUCUUCAAAGUCCUUCACACUGCUUUUUACAGAAAAAUAACCUGGCACAGCUCCCACAUGACUUCAGAAGCACUGUGGCAGCAAUACAGUCUGAUUCAGAUUUUUGCUCUGCCUCUGCAUUAGAGCAGAGUCAAAGAAACUUUUUGCAGUCUUCAAAAGCAGUUAUUUUAAAGCUGUUCCUUCUUUUUCCUUUUUAAGAACUAAUAGACACGAUGUUUUGCCUCAGGGGAAAGGGGACUGGUGUAAUAACCAACUUUGUAUAACAUGUUUAAAAAAAUUCAUCUUUUCCCAGAAAACCAACAUGAGUUGGUUCAUUAUGAAGUGAAUAGAAAGUGUUUUGACCAGGGUAAUCCUUCAAAAGGAGUACCUGGAAUUUAAUGGUGUUUGAAAAUGGAAUUAUUGCAAGUUUUUGUGGUGUUUGGGCUGUCUGUUUCAGAGCCUAUUCUCAAAACUCACUAUAAAUGCAUCACCUGUAGUAGAUUUAACUUC